AUGGGGAUCGCGCUGGAGAAGCCGCUGAGGGGGGAGCACACUUGCAUUGCCGGAUUUCACGAGCUCGUGCUGGGGUCCCAGGGGCUGAUUCCCAAACUGAAGGACUCCUACGAACUGCAGCUCAAGUUGCGGGAUCCACGCCUGCCGACGAAGGAGAAGUUGCGGAAUAGGAGCGCCUUGAAGCGGAUGACGAUGAAGACCCUUUUCCUGGAAGCCCGAAUCGUGGAGGGCGAGGAGGGCCAGGCGGACGCUUGCUUGCACAUGGUCAUCAAGACCAAGGCGGAUGACCUCACGAAGGCUUUGACCGCAGUUGGCACCAUUGUCCGACUCGUGCUGAAGCGGCUUGAUGCCGAGCUGCCGGAGCAAGCCCUUGAAAUGGCAUUCUCCUGCUUUGAUGUGAGCUCUGCCAGAAAGGAGUCGCAGAACCCUGGUCACUGGACCGGUUUUGAAACAGCCACCGAAAUUCGUGUACGCCGGCUGCUCAAGGAGGGGCUCAGAAUUAUGGACCACGAGGAGGUGCGUGCUGCAGUCCGCGACUUCUGGUCAGCAAUGCUGGAGCUUAUUCGUUUGCCGGAAGCAGAGGUGACGGACAAUCGCGUGCCUUGGGCGAAUAAGAGGCACUCCGGAGGGCCAGCUUUGAACAUGUUGGUGGGUUUCUACUUGGCCAUGGAGGAUGGAAUUGUUCGCGUAGAACGCAAUCACGCGUACUGCAAGGUCUUGCAAACAGCCCAUGCCGGACCAUUGUCAGAUGACGGAGUCAGCUUCGAGCAACUCGUUGCCUUAAAGUUGGAUGGGCCGGAAGCCGUGGCGGAGGCGCCCAGCAGUUCUACAGGCAGUUCUCAGGUGCCGGACCUUCAGUUGACGGACUUCGCAAGAGAGUUCCUGCGGGAAUGGCGCCGGAAGCGGGCGCGGUUCAGGGUGCACAAGCAGGGCAGCCGGAAGGGACGCAAGGGUUCGAGCCGAGCCAACACGGCGGCAGCCAUGAAGAGGCAGCAGCAGGAGGCCCUGAAGCAGCGCAGUGCUCCUCGGACAGCCGAGCCAGACGCCAGUUCUGCCAGCGUCUUGCCUGGAGUGUCGGUGUUGGCUGCCAAGCGUGCAUUUUCAAAGACUGUGCCGGAUGAUGAGCUUGGGCCGGAUUUGGCACGCUUAAAAAAGAGGACAGGCUUCAUCAAGCGCAACAACUUAGCGGCAGCGCGGCAGCGGCGGGCAAUGUUUCUGCCUGCAGAGAUGGAAGCUUUGAGGAUAUCCAACUUGGCCCGCGUGAAGUUGGUGGACGCUUGCCUGUCGGAGUGCUCUUUGCCAGAGUCUGCAGCAGGAGACGAUCGGGGUGCCAGAGACUGGCGGGUCCGGCGGCUUUUUGACAGCGACAGCCAGGGUCUCUACACCUACAUUGCGCAAAGCCACCUCAUCGUGCUGCCGGACUUGCCGCCGCCUGUGGCUGCCGGACGUCUUGCCGAGGCCCGGGCUUGA